CUUUGGGGGCCACUUGGGGGUCUCCCUCUGAGGCCAGGGCUGCCCCUCGGGGCUUUGCCCCCCCCCUCGCUGCCUCUCCAGCACCAGCAGCCCGAGGGAGGCGUCCUGGGCGGCGGCAGUGGCUGCCCUCGAGGAGGCGGCGGGCGCUUCGUGAACGUGACGGAGUCGGGCCGGGAGUGCCUGCCCUGGGCGGAGGUGCCGGCUUUCCUGGAGAAGACCCCGCAGGGACCCGGGCUGCGCGGCCAGAGCAACUUCUGCCGGAACCCCGACGGCAGGAGCCGGCCCUGGUGCUUCUACCGGACCCGGCGAGGGAGGGUCGACUGGGGCUACUGCGACUGCAGGCAAGGCUCAGUGAGACUUAGAGGUGGCAAAAAUGAGUUUGAAGGCACAGUUGAAGUUUAUCUCAAUGGAAUAUGGGGAGUUAUCUGCAGUGGUCUUUGGGAUGAUACAGAUGCAUCAGUGAUAUGUCGCCAACUUGAACUAGGAGAGAGAGGCACAGCAAAGCACACCCCAUUUACUGGACUGGGCCUUAUCCCUGUUUACUGGAGUGAUGUACAUUGCCAUGGUGAUGAAGAAAACAUCCUGCUCUGUGAAAAAAGUAUUUGGCAGGAUGGAACGUGUCCUCAAAAUAUGGCAGCUGCUGUCACAUGUAGCUUUUCCCAUGCCUCUGAUUUUAUCCCAAUCCGGCUAUUGGAUGGGAGCAGCACUCAUGAAGGAAGAGUAGAAGUGUACCAUGCUGGUCAGUGGGGAACCAUCUGUGAUGACCAGUGGGAUGAUGCUGAUGCGGAGGUAGUCUGCAGGCAGCUUGGCCUUGGGGGAGUUGCUAAGGCAUGGAGCCAGGCUUAUUUUGGAGAAGGCUCGGGUCCGGUACUACUAGAUGAAGUGCGUUGUACGGGAAAUGAACUGUCAAUAGAACAAUGCCCAAAGAGUUCCUGGCAAGAACACAACUGUGGCCACAAAGAAGAUGCAGGAGUUUCCUGCACACCUCUAGCAGAUGGUGCAAUCAGACUCUCAGGCGGGAAAGGCAACCAUGAGGGACGGCUGGAAGUGCUUUACAAUGGACAGUGGGGCACAAUUUGCGAUGAUGGGUGGACUGAAUUGAACACACAAGUGGUUUGUCGGCAGCUGGGCUUUAAAAAUGGGAAAAACAUUUUGGAACACUACCUAGGCGAGAACACUGCACCCAUCUGGCUGGAUGAUGUCAGUUGCUCAGGAAAGGAAUCUGCCCUCGUCCAGUGUUCCAAGAAGGAGUGGGGAAAGCAUGACUGCAGCCACCAGGAGGAUAUCAGAAUAAGUUGCUAUCCAGAUAAUGAGAGCCUCAGAAUUUCAUUGGGGCCUCCUAUCAGAUUGAUGGACGGUGAAAAUAAGAAAGAGGGCCGAGUGGAGAUCUUUAUCAAUGGGCAGUGGGGAACAAUUUGUGAUGAUGGAUGGUCUGAUAAGGAUGCAGCUGUGGUGUGUCGACAACUUGGCUACAAAGGUCCAGCGCGAGCAAGGACUAUGGCAUACUUUGGAGAAGGAAAAGGCCCCAUCCAUGUGGACAAUGUGAAAUGUACUGGAAAUGAAAGAUCCUUAGCUGACUGCAUUAAACAGGAUAUUGGCAGACACAAUUGCCGACACAGUGAAGAUGCUGGGGUGAUCUGUGACUAUCUGAACAAGAAGGCAUCUAGCAACAGUAAUAAAGAUUCUCUUGCUUCUGUGUGCGGUUUGAGAUUAUUGCAUCGUCGUCAGAAACGGAUCAUUGGAGGGAAAAAUUCUUUACGAGGUGGAUGGCCCUGGCAGGUUGCUCUGCGCCUGAAAUCAUCCCAUGGAGAUGGAAGAUUGUUGUGUGGUGCCACUCUUAUCAGCAGCUGCUGGGUGCUCACUGCAGCACAUUGUUUUAAGAGGUAUGGCAAUAACACUCGGAACUAUGUGAUACGUGUUGGGGACUACCACACGCUGGUACCUGAGGAGUAUGAGGAAGAAAUUGGAGUGCAAGAGAUUGUGCAGCAUAAAGAAUAUAGGCCAGACAGCAGUGAUUAUGACAUUGCACUAGUACGUCUGGAAGGACCUGAAGAACAGUGCGCUCGGUUUAGCACUCAUGUUUUACCAGCCUGCUUGCCUCUCAGGCGUGAGAGGCCACAGAAAACUGCACCUAAUUGUUAUAUCACUGGUUGGGGUGACACAGGAAGAGCCUACUCAAGAACAUUACAGCAAGCUGCUGUCCCCCUGCUUCCUAAGAGAGUUUGUGAAGAACGCUACCACACAAGGUUUACAGGAAGGAUGCUCUGUGCAGGUAACCUCCAGGACCAGAAACGUGUGGACAGCUGCCAGGGAGACAGUGGUGGACCACUGAUGUGUGAACGCCCAGGAGAAAGCUGGGCUGUGUAUGGAGUGACCUCUUGGGGUUAUGGCUGUGGAGUCAAAGACUCUCCAGGUGUCUAUACCAAAGUUUCUUCUUUCAUACCUUGGAUAAGAAGCAUAACCAAACUAUGACCAUCCUGCACCCACAGUUCAUUAACGGAAGCCAGUUUAAAGCAGGGGGACUUGGAGUAUGAGACAUUUCCCCCCCUCUGUAUGUAUUAUUUUCAAGAUAUUAAGAUCACUCAUCCUAAAGUAAUUUUGAACCCUUAGAACAAGGAAAGCUAUCAUACUUCUCUAUUGUCCCCCUGUAUAAACAGCAGAUUAAAUAGUGCACAAAUCUGUUCAGUGUAUCUGGAUAGUUAUGGUCGUAUGCAAGUUUUCAGUACCUUUUUUAUAACUUAGUACUCAAUGUUCUACCUUUUCAGAGUGGAAAUCCUAUUGGUCCUAUUGCAUUCUGUUAGAGAGCCUUUCACAAGAAUUUAAUCUUAAGAAAUCAUUUAUGUUGUGUAAGUUUACCCAUUCCUUUUAAAUACUUGGUGUUCAUGAAGACAUAAGUAUAUAGUAACAGAUGUAACAUGAAUAUAAAAGUAUACUCAGUGACAAGUUAUUUUACCUUCUUGGAAACCCUUGAAAAUGAGUAUCUUUCAGGAAUGCUAGUUGUGUAUUCCUGCAAGGCCACUGUGGUCCCCUCCAACUCAGAAUCUAUGUAGUGAACUGAUCUGAUUGUUGUCAUUUAUCUGGAUCGAUUCCUUGAAACCAUAGAAGAGGAAACUUAUGAAUUGUAUGUUGGCAGUUAUUGUGACAGCUGUGUGGGAAGAGGUGAAAUGCUGUAGUUCUGUAUCAUAGUUCUAAUGUAAAUUCAAAGUUAAAAUGCACUCACUAAUAAUGAUUCUAGUUCCAGUGAAUUAGCCUUUGGGCGCUUGUACAUGUUGGUACCAAUGUAUACUGUUUUUAGUGUCUCAACAUGACUGGCUUGUAGUUGUGUUGCAAUGGUUAUCCAGUACCUCAAAAUCACUUGAACUGUAUAAAAUCCCUUCAGAUGAUAAUUGGCUCCUUUUUGCAAUAAUCAAAGUAUUAUGUACUUAAGGGCUAUGCCGUUUUAGAAAUAUGGAAGUAGUGCUAGAUACUCUGCACUUUGAAACUUGAAUAGCUCAAGAAGUUCUAACCUUGAAGUGAAGCACUUAAUAUAUACCCACUUACUGCUAGUUGUAAUAGGGACACCUAGAUGAGGGGGUAGUGUUCUUUUUAAAGCCAGCAUUAUCAAAAGGAGCCAAGGUGGCACAGUGGUUAAAUGCCUGUACUGCAGCCAUUCACUCAAGACCACAAGGUUGCGAGUUCAAGACCAGCAAA